GGAGGCCCUUGGUGCGCUCUCAGAAGUCUGCCUGGAGUUCUCACCCAGCAACUCAGAAGAUGGAGCGGUCUACCCAGGAGCUGUUCCUCAACUUCACAGUUGUCCUGAUUACCGUUCUCCUUAUGUGGCUUCUUGUGAGGUCCUACCAAUACUGAGGGGUUGUACUGCACCCCUGGGAGUGACGCCUGUGUGCCCCGAGCUUCUGCUGCUGUUAUUGUCAUGGGAUGCCACUCCUGGCACCGCAGUGUCUCUGACCCACACUCACAAUGCCUGACACACCGCAGCACUAGGUCCCUUGUGUGCUUUCUAAAGAUGCUGUUCUUGUGGGCUGCCAAAAGCUCGUCAGCCAGUGAGCCCUAGGCUUGUUUCCUAGCAAAUGCACUAUGCAGGCCACCAAGUUAAAAUUAAACCGGAUUCCCGAUGAUGCAGAGUAACAACAAGCCCCUGAUCUGUGCCAACACACAUCCCCCCUAACCCACUGUGUCUGCCACCAAACUGACUCAAAGCUUCAGAAGACAUGGACGAGAAAGUCUUUGUCAGUCCCUUGAAUUCUCAUGUCAAUAAAGUUAAGCCACUCAUGAAA